UAGUACAUGACAUCACAAUGUCAACAUAUACGUCCCAUCCCUUUUCCGCCCCUCCUUACUUCCGUCAAUCCCAUGUCCACAGCUCGAUCCUUCAAACAAACCUCCGAUAGCACGCAAUGUGCAACUAACUAAAUUGCUCUUAAGGCCCUAACAAAAUUAACAAGAGCAACAUGCUCAUGUUCUUCUACCCUUUUAAAAUGUCCUUUGCCUUCCCGAAAUUUCCCUUCAGUGCUCCUUCCGCCCUAACCUCUAGUUCCCCUCACCCUGAAUUCCAGAGAACUUGACCCUUCAAUGGCGCGCACGGCUAAGUUUCGUUAUGAACAACAGAAUGUGCGUGUUUCCCCUCACCAUUUCCACUGCUUUCCAAUUACCAUAUCCACUACUCCGCCACGUCAUUUAUUCACAACACAUUAUUACCUCUUCAUGCCAUCCCUAAUGAUUCUUGGGCAGCUAUUUACGCAGAAGUGCCAAUCCAACGAUCCCAUGCUCACUCCCGCACUCCAUCGUACUACCGUCUUCCCCCGAACAUAACGCCCCCUAAAAAUGAAUGUAUACAAGCGAUAUUUCCGGCCGGAUACCGCCAAAAUAAGGCCAGAGGCAAUUUCGGCGAUCCUUGCCCAGGUGGGACCAAGCGGACUCGAGAGUGUGGUGGAGUAUGCCUCCAAAUCGGUGCCAGCUUGCAAGCGCAACUACGCCGCUCCAACGGGGGAAUGCUACGCGACUCUCAGGGGAAUCAACCACUUUCGCGCUUACCUGUACGGGCGAAAGUUCACCUUGGUAACUGAUCAUGAGACCCUGUUGGCUCUGAAGAAAUCGAAGGAUUACUCUGGCAUGAUCGGGCGAUGGGCAACGGUGCUGCAGGGCAUGGACUUUGACAUUCGUCAUCGGAAGCACGAGAAACACGAGAAUGCGGACGGACUGACACGACUGCACCGGCCUGAGAAGGUUCCGAAGAGUGAGGAGGUAAUUCCGUGGAACGAACCCGAACAGGAGAUCGGACCUCGGUACGGCCAAGUGGAGAUCUUAUCGAAGCAGUGAGUGACACGAGGACUMAUUGGUSUGUUCUACCCUCUCUGCAUCCCUUCCUUCUYUGUCAKCAUGACUACCCCACUUGCCUCCGCWACCCCUKCAUCUCCUACUAAUUCUGCCCCUCUCACGUCCUCAGCUUUCUUUGCCACCCUCCCCGAUAAAUUCUGUUAUUUUUGCACGUGCAUUGCACGGGUCUAUGGGGUCGACUGCCAUCCUUUCGAAACCGGGUUUGUCGACUGGGUAGAAUGUGCCACGUGUGUAAAAUGUGCGCACGGGGUCUGCGUUCGAUAUCGAACGAAUAGCAAGGAAUGGAGAUGCCACCUGUGUAGAACGAACAAACUCCCCACGGAGGUUCGAUUCGAGGCCGCCCGUACGGACGGCCUUGAAUAUGACGAAAAAUACCGGCGAGCGGAGGUUUGGACGGAUAAAAUUUUAUUGGCAAA